AUGAAUGUGCCAUGUUCUGUGAAGGCUGCCUCUGGUAUCGGCAAAGAGACUGCAUUCACGUUUGCAGAGGCUGGUGUACACGGUGUUGUUUUCGCGGACAUCAAUUAUGAAGGCGCAAGGUAUGCCGCUGAGGUGAGCAAGGGAUAUGCCAGGCAUACAGAGUAUCGAGCUUUUGCAGCCAAUGUGGAUAUUUCCGAUUCUGAGAGUGUACAAGACCUUAUUGUAACCACAGUCAAGGAGAUUGGGCGCAUCGAUUGCGCUGUUAUUAGUGCGGGGAUUGAUCUAGAGAACUUUGGGUCCUUCACACCAAAUGUGGAUCUUGAUGUCCUUGCUAAAACGACGGACGUUAUUGUCAAGGGAGCGACUAUGAGGGCCAUGGCCGAACAGCAGCGUCGCAAGUAUACUGGCCGCUACGGUGAACGCAGCUCGGGAAAGGGCUCAAUUAUUUUGCUUGGAUCCACCAACUCCAUAGCUGCUUCACCAGGCAUGGUCUCCUAUGUAACAGGCAAGCAUGCAGUCAUCGGUAUUACUAAGGCUGCCGCUGUGGAUGCAUUAGCCUUGAAGAACGACAUACCACCAUCUCCUCUUCCAAUCAAUGAAUCGGCAAAAUUGGACAAAAUGCUAGGACUUUUGAUCUUCUUGCGUCAGAUCCGCCGUGAAGAUGACUAG